UCCACGGCGAAACGCACACACUUACACACAAAUGGAGAAAAUAGAGCACAGACAGAUUCCGGUCAACGGCCUGCAGAUGCACGUGGCGGAGCUCGGCGAGGGGCCCGUGGUCCUCUUCGUCCACGGCUUCCCGGAGCUCUGGUACACGUGGCGCCACCAGAUGGCGUUCGUGGCGGGGCGCGGCUACCGCGCGGUGGCCCCGGACAUGAGGGGCUACGGCGAAACGACUGGCGCGCCGCUGGACGAUCCGUCCAAGUCCAGCAUAAUGCACCUGGUGGGGGACCUGAUCGCGCUGCUGGACGCGGUGGCGCCGAAUGAGGAGAAGGUGUUUGUUGUUGGGCAUGACUGGGGCGCCAUUGUGACGUGGCAUCUCGCCAUGUACAGACCUGAUAGAGUCAAGGCUUUGGUCAAUCUCAGCGUGCCCUUCAGUCCUAGGAAUCCUCAGAUGAAUGCGGUUGAGUCGGCUCGCCAAACGUAUGGCGAUGAUCACUAUAUCUACAGGUUUCAGGAACCUGGUUAUAUAGAAGGUGUGUUUGAGGAGGCUGGCACGAAGGAGGUUCUCAAGAACAUUCUUUCGUACCGCGACACUAUUCCAUUUUACUUCCCUAAGGGACAGGGAUUUAACUACUCUGUUGAUAGAGCACCUUGGUUGACAGAGGAUGAUCUUGACUAUUAUGUUACCAAAUUUGACAAGACGGGCUUCACCGGAGGAGUGAAUUACUAUCGUGCAUUGGCCUUAGACUGGGAACUGAACGCCCCAUGGUCGGGAGGUGGAGUAACAGUGCCAACGAAGUUUAUCGUGGGGGAACUUGACUUUCUGUAUCAUGGUCCCGGGGUCCAAGAUUACAUACACGGAGGCGGGUUCAAGAAAUUCGUGCCAUUGUUGGAGGAUGUGGUCGUGCUUGAAGGUGCUGCUCACUUUAUCGGUGAAGAAAGGCCGGAUGAGAUCAACCAACAUAUAUGUGCUUUUAUCACCCAAUUCUAAUGUGUGCAACUUCAAUUUCUCCUUCCUCUAAUAAAUGAAUAAUGUAGCUUCCAUAUAUGUGUUGGAAUAAAGGAAAAUAAUUAAGGAAUAUUA